UGGUUUAUGACUGUAUUUUUUUUCCUGUAUAUAUGAAAAGUUCAUGAAAGAUUUUCCAUAUUGAAACACAUUAUUCUUGUCAACCCAAGUCUGUGUUCUCAAAUCACAGUCACACAUAUUUGGUUCAAGAAUAAACUGUCUUAAUUCCCUUUGAGAUGAGAACUGUGUUUUGUAUGUUACCCCACUUCAUGGAUAGCCCAGGGGCAUCCCCUAAGAAAAAAGAAACCUGAGAUUUGGAGAGUGUGAAUCCGUGGAAAGGAGAUGGCCUGUUUCUAUGGUGCUGAGUUACUCUGUGGGAAGCCUGGCCUCAAGCCCAGAGGGGAGAGUAAGAACCUUGGUGUGCAGCUUAGCUUGCCCACUCCUGUGGUAUAAAUACCCCCACCAUGGCCCAACUCAAGCUGUCCCAUGAUACUACUGAAUAGAGUUGGGAAGAGACACACACUCUGGGUCUGAUGGGCUAGAAAAUCCAGCUGCAGCAUAUGGUGUAUUCACUAGGGAGAAAAGAGCCAGAUUCAUCCAUGGGGAUGAAAUGAGCUGCUGGAUGACCAUGACACUCACCCACUCCUCCCUUAGAAUCACUGGCGUUUCUUUCUGAAGAUUUUGAGCCACCUGCAGCUAAGAAAAACUAGUGGAGUGAAAGGGGAGGAGUGGAGAAGUCUUAUAUUCCAUCUCAGGGAGAAAGCAUCCAGGAUUGUGGCAAGCGUGGUGUCUGAGAAAUAACAGACUCAACAUGGUGGCAAUGACUGCGGGUCUUAGAACAGCCUGAGGGAAUGUGGGUUUCUUGGUCAUCAGGGCCCUGAGAGGAGAGGUGACUGGGUAGGCAGUGUGAAGUGAUUGGGACUCUGUUCCCACUAUGUUCUCUCUGAAUUUGUCUGUCUAGAACCCCACUGCCUUAUCUAUGUUUUCUGGGCGGUACUGUUCAGGUUUUUUUUAAGGCAUUGUUUUAUGUAUUCCAGGCUGGACUCAAAUUGGCCAUGAACCAAGGAUGACCUUGAAUUUCUGAUCUCCUCCUCUGCCUCCCAAGCGCUGGGAUUGCAGGUAUGUGCUUACCGUGCUACUGUUUUGUAUUCCUGUUUGCUCUGACACUUGUGGUCUUACUGCCUAGGAGUGACUGUCCAUCCCAAAUCUAUCCUCAGUGACAGCAAGGAACUUCCCUAGCACUCCUUUUCUGUGCAAACUAACCUGUACAGAGAUAGUUUAUCUCUGACCCCUACGAAAAUCCACACAGAACUGUCCACCAUGUAAAAAGAGGCACCCUCUUCCCAUUGUGUGCCCACUAGCCCCCAAAGCCCAUCAACAUUACUGAAACUGAUGACUUUAUGCAGUCCACCAUCCAGCUUACCUUCCUACAGAGGCCCCUCUCACGGCUCUGGCCACAGAUUUUCGUAUUUGCUUUUGACUUAAGGACUUUCUAACUAAGAAGUUAGCUGGCCUGAUGAGGACUCAUGCAGGUGUCAUCUGAGAGGAAUGUGGUUUCCUGGGUAUCACAGCCCAGGAGUCUGCCACAGUUUCUGGAUAGGCCUGGACCAUGGUUUGGGUUAGUAAAGAACUGAGGUUAGCAGCUUAUCUUCCUCUGAAGGCCCAUAGUUCUGGUAUAUGUGCAUGCUAGUGUGUUUGUAUAGGGUGCCUGAUUAUAAUCAUUCUAAAGCUCAGGACAGCUGAUCCUUAGGGACUUGGGAACAGAAAGCAGGCAGACAUGUAAGACAAGUGGGAUUAACAGAGGCAGAAAGUCAGGUGGUGGUGGUGCAUGCCUUUAAUACCAGCAAUCAGGAGGCAGAAGCAGGCAGCUCUCUGUGAGUUCAAGGCCAGCCUGGUCUACAGAGUGAGUUACAGGACAGCCAGGAUUGUUACACAGAGAAACCCUGUCUCAAAAAACAAACAAAACAAAACAAAAUUUCCUCACAGAGGCAGAAUUGUUUGAGCUAGGGGUUUCAUUGACUUCACCAUUGGCCCUAAGCAUACCCCCGCCACUCUCCAUUUUCUUGUAAGGCCUCUUUACAUGAGAGCAUUUUGUUAAAUGCACUCCCACACAUGCACUGCUCCCUGUGCAUUGUGUUCCUGCCGCUUAGCUUGUCACAGGUCUCCUCCCUGGUGUUGAAACUGAGGCAAAAUAAAAUGAGGUGUGAACAUACUAGGGGAGGGGAUGUUGAAGCCCACAGGCCUCCGGACCACACCAGGCAGCUCACCUUGCUAGUCUGAAAGGUAAGAGGUGGAAGGCCCCUCCCUAUACUGUCCGUCUCACCCAGGAAAGAGGCUGGUCUUGAGGGGAUCCCUUUCCCUUGUCCUUCUCUCUCCCUACACUGAUCUGAAGGUGGAAAUGCACUGUUGUCCGUGGCACCAUCUGCUUUGGGAAGGAGCCAGAAAGUUGCUAAAUGGUUGCUGCUGCUGCUGCUGCUGCUGCUGCUGCUGCAAGACAGCCUGUCUGCCCUAGAAGCCCAUUCUGAUUGUCUACUGUAUGGGAAGUAGCUGGCAUGAUGAAACCCUAAUUGGAAGAGAAUCCUGUGACCUCCAAAACAAUGAGCUUAUUUCUCAGGUGCUUGGAACAGCUGGCAAGGAAAGUGCUUGUGGCUGCUCUGGGAAGCAGGAGCCAGUGGAGGAAAGAAGAGGGCACCAGAUCCUUUGGAGCUGGAGUUACAGGAAGCUGUGACCUACUCUUGGGUUCUGGGAACCAAAUUUGGGUCCUUUGCAAGACAAUGGCUGUCAUACUCCUUUGGGAUGUUAUCUUCAAAGUGACCAAUGACCAGUCUUUCUCACAUGUCAUCCCUGUGAUGCCAACUCUACUGUCACCCUCUUUCCUGUUAAGGACCCUUGAUCUUCCCUCUUGAAGAAUGGCGGCAGCUUAUCAGAGGCUGAGUUUUUAUGCCUCUUCUCUGAAAAGGCAGCUCAUUUGUGGGCCACCUGUCAUCCAAUGGGAAAGAAGAAUAAUUCCAGGGUGUGCCAGAAGUAUUUACAGUGCUACAGGGAAGUGGACGAAGGAGUACACACUGCAGACAAGAAAGGAUGUUGAGAAAUGGUGGCAUCAACAGAUAAAAGAGCAGGCGUCCAGAAUUUCAGAAGAAGACAAAUCAAAGCCCAAAUUCUACGUGCUCUCCAUGUUCCCAUACCCUUCUGGCAAGCUGCACAUGGGCCAUGUACGAGUCUACACCCUCAGUGACACCAUUGCACGGUUCCAGAAAAUGAGAGGCAUGCAGGUUAUCAACCCCAUGGGGUGGGAUGCAUUUGGAUUACCUGCCGAAAAUGCUGCCAUCGAGAGGAAUUUGCACCCAGAAAGCUGGACUCAAAGCAAUAUUAAAUACAUGAAGAAACAGCUUGACCGCCUCGGCCUGUGCUUCAGCUGGGACAGGGAAAUCACUACCUGUUUGCCAGAUUACUACAAAUGGACUCAAUACCUGUUUAUCAAACUCUACGAAGCUGGUCUGGCCUAUCAAAGGGAGGCUUUGGUUAACUGGGAUCCAGUGGAUCAAACAGUGCUGGCCAAUGAGCAAGUGAAUGAAUAUGGCUGUUCAUGGCGUUCUGGAGCCAAGGUGGAGAAGAAAUACCUCCGACAGUGGUUCAUUAAGACAACUGCAUAUGCAAAGGCCAUGCAGGACGCGUUGGCAGACCUCCCAGAGUGGUACGGAAUAAAAGGCAUGCAGGCCCACUGGAUUGGAGACUGUGUAGGCUGCCACCUGGACUUCACAUUAAAGGUUGAUGGACAAGACACAGGAGAGAAACUGACAGCAUACACAGCCACCCCUGAGGCCAUUUAUGGCAUUUCUCAUGUGGCCAUUUCUCCUAACCACAGGCUUCUACAUGGCUGCAGUUCUCUGAAGAGCGCCUUGCAGAAGGCAGUAGUCUCUGGCAGAGACUGCCUCACACCAGUGGUGGCUGUGAACAUCCUCACCCUGCAGGAGGUCCCCAUCGUUAUCACGGCCAAGGAUGACUUAGAAGGUUCUCUAGAUUCAAAAAUAGGAAUCCCCAGCACCAGCUCAGAAGACACCAGGAUAGCCCAAACCCUGGGCCUGCCCUACUCCAAUGUCAUUGAAAUUUCAUCAGAUGGCACAGAGAGACUGAGCAGAUCUGCUGAGUUCACAGGUAUGACCCGGCAGGAUGCCUUUCUAGUCCUGACUGAGAAAGCCCGUAGGAUGAGAGUGGGUGGAGACGUGACGAGUGAUAAACUGAAAGACUGGCUGAUCUCCAGGCAGCGCUACUGGGGCACACCGAUCCCCAUGGUCCACUGCGCAGCCUGUGGCCCAGUGCCUGUGCCGCUGGAAGACUUGCCUGUGACUUUGCCCAGCAUCACAUCUUUCACUGGCAGAGGAGGCUCCCCACUGGCCUCAGCUUUGGAGUGGGUGAACUGUCCCUGCCCAAGGUGCAAGAGAUCAGCUAGGAGAGAGACGGAUACCAUGGACACCUUUGUGGACUCUGCGUGGUACUACUUCAGAUACACUGACCCUCACAACACUCAUAGUCCUUUCAGCCCAGCACUGGCAGACUUCUGGAUGCCUGUGGAUUUGUACAUCGGAGGAAAAGAGCAUGCUGUCAUGCACUUGUUCUAUGCAAGAUUUUUUAGUCAUUUUUGCCAUGAUCAAAAGAUGGUAAAGCACAGGGAGCCUUUCCAUAAACUGCUAGCCCAAGGCCUCAUCAAGGGACAGACAUUCCGCCUUCCAUCUGGACUGUGUCUGCAGAGGGAGGAUAUAGACUUCACAGGUCCUGCUCCUGUUUGUGCAAAAACAAAAGAGAAGUUAGAGGUGACAUGGGAGAAGAUGAGCAAGUCCAAACACAAUGGGGUGGACCCUGAAGAGAUUGUGGCACAGUAUGGGAUUGACACAAUCCGGCUCUACAUCCUCUUUGCAGCCCCUCCUGAGAAGGACAUCUUGUGGGAUGUAAAGACUGAUGCACUUCCUGGAGUGCUGAGAUGGCAACAGCGGCUGUGGUCCCUGACAACACGAUUCAUCGAGGCAAGGACUUCCGGGUCAGUCCCCCAACCUCAGUUAUUGAACAACAAGGAGAAAACCAAAGCCCAAAGCCUCUGGGAGUACAAAAACUCAGUCAUAACUCAGGUAACCACCCAUUUCACAGAGGACUUUGCUCUGAAUUCUGCAGUUUCUCAGCUGAUGGGACUCAGCAGUGCCCUCUUGCAAGCCUCUCAGAGAGUGGUUCUCCACAGCCCUGAGUUUGAGGAUGCUCUGUGUGCCCUGCUGGUGAUGGCUGCGCCCAUGGCUCCUCACAUAACCUCAGAACUCUGGGCAGGCCUGGCGCUAGUACCAAGCAAGCUCUGUGACCGUUAUGCCUGGGAUACUGGUGUGCUGCUUCAGGCCUGGCCCACUGUGGACUCACAGUUCCUUCAGCCGCCGGAUAUGGUGCAGAUGGCCGUUCUGAUCAACAACAAGGCCUAUGGCAAGAUCUCUGUGCCCCAGCAAGUUGCUCUGGACCAGGACAAAGUAUAUGAACUUGUUCUCAAGAGUGAGCUGGGCAUCAGGCUACUACAGGGGAGAAGCAUCAAGAAGGCCUUCCUCUCCCCCAGGACUGCCCUCAUCAAUUUCCUGGUGCAGGAGUGACCAGGGCUGCAAGGACCCUCCUUUUCUGCCCAGAUCAAGGAAAGGAAUGUUAGCUUAAGAAAAGAGAAAAGAUAAACAUCAGGGGCAUUGGCCUCUGUGCCAGGACAGACUGGAGUCAGCAGGGGCCUGUGUCCUGAGGCCUGAACUUGGAUGAGAAUGGAUGUGAACAAAGAGGAACAAGGGGAGAAAAUUCAUUUCGUUAUCCCAUGACCCUCCACUCCCACUCAGGGUGUGAAGCUACCAGAGAUGCUGCUGGGAGGGGGCAAGGAGAAAAGCAAGGCUGGCAGGCAGCCGGGAGCUUUUGCACCUACCUCAGGUACUGUCAAGUACCUCUCAAGAAGUCAUGUAGACUAGAUGAGCCAUUUAAGAGCCUCACAAAGGUCAGGUGUACAGAUGGUGCUGGCUGGGCUUUUGACUGACAGGAUAGUAAAACCCCUUCAAUAUAUGCUCAGUGUCUCACUUGUAGAACUGGACAUGGACACUGGCACCUCUGCAAAUUGUUCUGCGUAUGUCUCCAGCACCUUUCAACUGUGUCACACAGGUCUCUUCCGCUCCAGCUGGAUGGCCUGUUCUGAGAUUGAUGUACGUGCUCUGGGAUAGGACUCCACUUCAGAGCCUGAACAAAAGGACUGUGUCAUUGCCUUUGUUUCAGUGUGUAGAGUGUGCUCUGUGGUGAGUGAAACUGUUCUGAACCCCACCAGAGCCCCAUCACAGACCAGCAGGGGUUUGAACCCCAGAUGGCUCACAUGGGCCUCAGAUAAUGAUACCACUUGUCAGCAGUUUGGCCCCAAGAGUGUCACCAGCAAAAGCAAAGUUCCUCAGAGAGGAGUAGAAUUGUUGCUUCCUGGGUGUUAACCUAAUGUGUCCAAGCUGCUAUGAUUUAGCUGGAGACAGCCAGGAGUGGAGCCAGCUCACCAGUAAAUUAGACAAAGCUGAUUUUAUGAGAGUCAUUAAUAAAGUGCUCUUACAGACAUGGCCUGAGCAACGGCUUAAUACUUAGUUGUGGGGAGGAGAGAAGAACCUAGCCAUGUUAGGAUGCUGAAGCUCUGUAUCUGUAAUCUGAUGUCACCCAGAGGUGGCUGUCAUUGUUUCCUACCAGUCAGAUGCCUUUUAGUGUCAUAAACGUAUAUUACUUUGAGACAUAUCUGUGAUCUUGGAACAGCCCUAUAUUCCAGUUCUAAGAGUUAAUUGGGAGCAGACCAAUGUCCUUCACCAUCACAGGCUCUGGCUCUGUGCCACUUCCCUGGAAUACCUAUGGUCUGUCACCUUGAACCCACACUCCAUACAGAUGUUCUCAUCCGGGCCCAUGAGCAAUAGAGGCUCAUGCACAGGGUCUUGAGCUUGAUACUGUGCCUGGUCUCCACACCUAGAAAUUAUAGUUUAAUUGUAGCCAUCAUAAAGGAUUUUAAAAUGUUUAUAAGUGAGGCUGCUGAGGGUAUAGUUCAGUGGCAGAGUGUGAGCCUAACAUGGCAAUGUCCUAUGUUUCAUCCCCAACACAAAAAAGCAAAGCAACUCUAUCAAAGAAACUAUGUGGUAGCACACUUGUAAUCCCAGCAUAUGAGAGACAUGAGGAUCAUGGGUUUAAAGCUAUCCUUGGCUUCAUUAGACUCUGUCUCAAAGAAAAACUACCAGUGAUCCUAAUAGACAGCAAAGUCUGCAAACACUGGAUUAAUGAAUGUUUCUGAACCAUUAAUUUCUGCCCAGUCCUUUCUCCUUCAUUUUCAACUUACCUGGGAUGAGUUUGGCCCAGUACCAUGAGGAAGUAGAGUUGGGAGAGAUUGGGGCCAGAAGGGAAGGCAGACUUCUGGAGAGGUGUUUUAAGAGAAUCCCCAAGCUGAUACAGGUGAUGGUCCCAUGACAAACAGGAGCACGUGAAGGUAGGGUGAGGGCUUGUGGCUGUUUUGUGUUCUCCAGGAAUGAGAUCGGUGACCUUGAUGAACUAAGGGUAAGAUGUCCUUUGUUGGGCGUUAUCUGCCCCAAGCAGUCGACUAGUAAAUUCUGUAGGCUGCUGGGCUGACACACUGGGCGUUGGAAAACAUUCUCUCCAAGAAGAUGAAACUUGGAAACAUGAGCUCAUUGGUACUUCCUAGGAGACAGUAGAUAUGAUGGAACAAUUGGACAGAAAAUUGCUCCCUGUGUGUGAGUGCAUGGGGUGGGGUGUGAUCUUAGUCAGAAACUAAUUAUCUCAGUUUCCACAAAACCCUGGAGGGUAGGAAUUAUUCUUCACAAAUAUGAAACAAAACAAAGCAAAAAAAAAAAAAAAAAACAACCCACAACAGGCUCAGAGGCUCAGUAAUUUGCCUAGUUUUCAAAGCCAAUAUGUAGAAGUGGCAGGGUGUAAACUCACAUCUGGCUUCUCUUAAUGCUGUCCUACUGUGUCACCGGGCCUUCACCUAAAUGCCCAUCUCGAUUGAAGUGUGGCAUGAUGAAGUGUCAGCCUUCUCAAAAGUCCGGGAAGUUACAGCAGUGGUGCCUGCUCCACUGGAGCAGACGGUUGGUUGGUGAGAGGCCAAGAGCCUGGCCUAGGUCCUGUAGGGCUAGGAUAAAGGUUGCUAACUCCUGGGAGAUUAAGGCUUCAAGUGGAUGAAGGUUAUUUCUUUUGGAGAAGUGGAUGAAGAGAAUUUGUGAGCAAGAAGAAUUGUGCCCUACAUGGAUCCUGCCAGAGUGCGCAUCUGCCAAAGAAAAUGAAAUUGGCUCCCAAGACCAAAACACUAACUGAGGUGGUACACUGCCCAUGAAGUCCUCACCCAGCCAGAAUACACUCCUUCAGAGAACAGGUCAGUACUAGUAUGAGCAUCUAGUCAGUGGAAGAGAAGGCAGCCAAAUAAAGACAGCUUUUUAAAUCGCGACAUGGAAAUUUUCUCAUAACUAAAAGCAAGACACCCUAAACAAUGUGAUCCUAACCAUUUGUUUUGUCAGGCUCACUCUACAGCCCAAGCUGUUUUGGAACUGACAGAUCUUCCUUCUUGCCUCAUCCUCCUGAGUACUGGGAUUCCAGACAUGCAUCACCAUAAUUUUAAAUUUUUAUUUAUGUGUAUGUGUGUGUGCCAACUUGUCUGUUUGUAUGCCAUAUGCCUGCAGGUAGCUGCAGAAUCCAGAAGAGGAGGUUGGAUCCCCUGGAACUAGAGUUACAGGAGGUUGUGAGCUACCCUGUGUGGGUGCUGGGAACUGAACCUGAGUCCACUGUAAGAGCAGCAAGUUCUUUUAAAUACUGAGCCAUCUCUCCAGCCCCACAAAUCAUUUGAUGAAGGCCUUUUCUUCUGUUUAUGAUUUUGUAUUUCCUUAUUUUUUUGGUCAUCAAGUAUUUAAAAAAUAGAUAUCAGUAUGUGUAAUAUCAGCCCAGUGUGGUGGUGUAUACCUAUAAUCCCAGCAUUGGGGAGCUUAGGCAGGAAGAUGGUGUGUCUGAAGCCUCCUGGGAUACUAAGUGAAUGAAGAAAAACAACAGUAUGAUGUUGUGAAAAUACACACAAAUCAGGAGCCUGGCCCCUUGUAUUACUUUUUCUUCUAAGUCAGGGUAUCCAGCUCUCUGGGAAUAUGGGUACAGUUAGGGAGUGUUUCUUCCUGUGUGUGGAACUGAAUCCAGAGAGUCACAGCAGAACUUGAAGUCAGCAUUGGCCUAGGUACUAGGUCUGAGUAGGGAGGAGUUUUCUCCCAGGCUAACCUUGGGGUCUUAUAGAAGGUGCUCCUGUUUCCCUAGUGAACAAGGCCCUUCUGACCAUCUGCUAGCAAUCAAGACUGUAGAUGAGAUCAGAAAAAGCCCUUAGCCUGUGCCAAGACCUACUCCCAUAGCUUGAGACAAUAUGGUGAGUUAUCUUGAACUCCACUCCACAAAUAUCCCAGUUACAGCACCUUUGGCAGAAGCCUGGUGCUACUUCAGGAGCAUGAGUGGAAGUGCUUCUCAGUGGAAAUCAGUCACACCCUGUAGCUCAUGAGAAGAUGGAGGGGAGGCCAGUGAGAAAGCAAGCAGAAAAGAGCUGCCUGCUUCGUGGGUGGCCAAAGGCUCAUAUCCAGGUUGAUGAAUUUGGAAAAUGGAAUCUGAGAUGACCAGCAGUGACCAAGGGGGAUUCCCCUGGAGUAUAGUGGGUGGGGAUGAUCCUGACAGGACAGCUGAGGGCAGGACAGGCCUGAGACAAAGGCCUCAGAUCCACAUCUGAGGCCAGUGACCUCCCAGAGUUGACCCUCACCCUCAUCUACACCCUUGGAGAAGGAAGGUAGUUACAGAAAUAAUGAUCACCCCUAAGGGAUGAGGCCAGGCCUGCUGGAACUCAACACCUAUGACUCACCUCCCUAACCCUCACAUCCUGAACCUGAAUUCCAGUUUUUGUUCAGCCUCUGGAAGAACUUAGCCAACAAGCACUUAGUGUCAAGGUGCUGUUUCUUCUGUUUAUGAUUUUGUAUUUCCUUAUUUUUGGGGCUGUGAACUCUGCUGACAGCAGCAGCAGUAAUUUCUGUCUGUUACUGUGUACUGUGUGCCAGGCUCUUUUUUUUUAAUCACAUAAGGGGCCUUGCUCAAUACCAUACAGAGAAGAGGGCAGAGCCAUGUUCCAGCUCUGCUCCAAUGCUUUAUUAGAGCCAGCCCUGCACCUGGAUUUCUCAAGGCAUGCCUGAUGUCUAGAUUCUGUCAUGUCCCCAAGCUACCCCAGGGCUUGUCGAGUGUAUGUUUCUCAACCUGUGACUGAGAAAGUUGGUCACUGUUGAUAAACAACCUAGCCGAGCACACAUGAACCUGAGACUCACAGUCUGAGAAGUCUUUACCCCUGGCAGACUGAGUGAGUUUCCCCUGGGCACUGUUGCUAGGACUCAGACAUCAGGAAGUCACCCUUGGCUGCACAUGCUACUGAGAAAAGUCUGUGAAAAGGGGAAUUGGAAAAGUUGGAUGGGGCUUGCUAGCAGUGCUUCUAGAAAUUUCCCUAGGACAUCCUUUCCACAGACACUGAAGAGUGUAUCUGGGAUUCCUAAAGCAUGGCCUGCCUCAGAAUCAGGAGACUGGGUCCUAAGAGAGGGAUCCCCUUCCACGGGCAUAUUGAGAAGGGUGUGUCGGGGUGAGAAGUGUUGGUGGCACUGCACUGGAAAGAGGCAGGCUACACUGGGGGAUGCCACUCCUCAAGGGUAAAGGCAAGUCCUUUCCACUAGAAAAGGACAGAGGGAUUUUGUCAAGUGGCAUUGGGCAGAACUUCCCACCAUAGUAAAGGUCACAAACAGGCUGAGCUGAGCACUGGGAGCAUAAGUAUCACCCUGUGUCCCCAUCAUUAGUGAUCAAAUUAGUUGUCAGUAAAUAUUGUUUCCAGGAAAUAGCUUAGUUUAGGCAUCAGUUAGUCAUCAGCUCCUGGUUACUGCAUUAGUACCCAUGAGUCCUUAGCUGCACUAACACCUAGCACCUAGCAUUCUGUUCAUGCCUCCACUGUCAAUCAGUCAUCCUCAGAUUCAAAGUGUUGGCCUCUGUGGGCUAGAGAGAUGGCUCUGUGGUUAAAAGCUUGCUGCUCUUGGAGUUAACCUGUGUUCGAUUCCUGGCACUCAUGUCAAAUGACUCACAGCUACCUGUAACUUCAGCUCCAGGGGAUCCAGUGCUGUCUUGUGGCCUCUGAGGACACCUGUACUUAACUACACACACACACACAAAUAAAGAAGGAAAGAAAGAAAGCACUGGCAUCAUCAGCCAAUACUUACUCCAGUGUCUCGCACAGCAAACAUCACUCCUGUCAGUCUCACUCUCUGGAGGAGGGAAUGGGGUUAGGGCUCCAUUUUAUGAAUUCCAGCAUGCUAGAGAAUGUGGAGUCCUAGCAGCUACUGUCUGUAACCUCUGGCUUUGAGGUUGCCAAAGAUAUUCCAGUGGUCCACAGAGAAGUAGGGAAGUGGAGAGCCAGAAGGAGAUAGAUUGAGAACUAGAUCUCAAAUUGCACAUGGCCCUUUUGCCUACUUCCUCUUGGCAAGAAUCCAGUCAAAGAGAUCAGCCAGUUUCACGGGGCUGGGUUACUGCUCCAGCAACAGUGCCGCACAGGAGGGGGAGACCCCAGGCCUACCACAUAACCAUUCUUAAUUUUCUAAGUCUUGUUCAUCAAUGUCUUUAGUUAUCUUGUAAAUACCUAAAGGAUCUGCUGACACUGCUUAACCAACACCUUCUGAGUGACAGCCAGGUACCAAAUGUCUAAAUCUGUGAGAACUGCUGAGUGUGGUCUGAAAUAGCUGUAUAAUCAGAGUCCUUUGGUGUCUGCCAAACUGGACUACCCGCCCUCCCCUCUGGCUUAGACCCCAUUCUCCGUCCCACAGAGAUGUGUGACAUAGACGUUCUUUGUGCUGAUCUUGGCACCAGGGGUUUGCUCUUUGGUCCCCAGUCCUCCCACUUUCUGUCUUUCAUGAGACCCAUAUAUUGGUUUGUGGAGAUAAUAAUGUGGAGUGCUAGGACUUUUGAAAGGUAUGGAGACACCCUUCAGGAAAACUGGGAAAUCUUUCAUAUUUCUACUUCAGAAGGGGUGUGACUGUUUCUGCAAGGUAGAAGUGGUUCACUUCUUUGAAUGCCUCUCUAUGUGUUCUAGUCCUCAUUGCACUCCAACACAUACAUGUGGCAUUACACACUCAUAUAUAUACACAGCACCACCUACACAUUGUAUAUUCCAAACUACAUAUGAACACACCAUAUACAUCUAAUCAUACUUGUCUCCUAUAAACACACAGCCCUCCACACCAGACACACACACACACACACACACACACACACACACACACACACACACACACACACACACACACACAGAGAGAGAGAGAGAGAGAGAGAGAGAGAGCGCAUACCACAUACAUUCCCCCAAUCCCCCUUCCCAUAUAGCACACCACACACAGAUCACAUAUAUGACACAUAGCAACUUUUCUUUGGGGAAAGUAUAUGGUGAUUGGGUUUUGUUUCUCAAAGAAAUGCACCUCCCACCAUGUUCUUGGUGUGGGAGGGCAGUUAAAUCUUGAGAAUUAAUAGAGUCACAGCUGUGAGGUAAGUGCCCAGUCCAGGGCCUGAGGGAUGAUGGAACAGACUGCUCCCUGUAUCCCUAUGUGUUCAGAUAGAACAGUACUCCUGCAGUGUUUGUAUACAAGUGCUCCCAUCAUCUGAGAGUGGCUGGACCUGACCCUCACCUCUAAGAGUAGUUAGUUCUGUCUAUAGGCUCAGACCCUGAGUGUCUGAAGGUGACCUGGAUACUACUAAAACUCUCUCCCUUGGAUAGAGAAUUAAGAUGCUAAUGAGACCUGUAAUGCAUGAAGUUGUUUGUACAAUGACAUGCACAGAUCAUGCACAGAUACAGCAUCUGAGGAGAAGCCCAUACUAUACCUAUGAGCCAAAAGGGACAUGUUCUAUUACAUGAGAACCCAACUGUUCAGUGGGGUUGUUUGAGCUACUAACUCUAUUGUGGAAUAUUAUUUUAAGGUGUGUUACAUUUGUUUAUUCUGUGGAACAUUUGUUUAAUGAUGCAAAGAUGUGUUGCAUUCUUUUAUGUUGCAUUUGUUUAAUUCUGUGCCUGUCUAAAACACCUGAUGGUGUAAUAAAGAGCUAAAUGACA